GCAGAGGGAGCGGCAGAGAAAGCAGCACCUUGGAUUCAGACGCACAUAAGGAGUGAAAAUUAAAACCCUGACAAGAGAACCGUUCAAAUCUCUCAUCAACAAUGUUAAUGAGGUCUCACUCUGAAAGAAGACCCCUCCCCGGGUUCUCAGCCCUCCUGACGCACAGCACCCCAAAACAGAGAGAUGUCACCUCCCCACCUCCCCUGUCCUUCACCCCACGGCAGUCCAUCUUUACCCCUACAUCUUUAACUCCUCCACCUCCGUGGGUGACUCAGGCUCUUUCCAACCUGGAGCAGGGAGAGCAAGAACUGAGGAGCCUCAAGGAUCGACAGCAGGCCGAAGUGGAGGAGGUGAACCGUGAGUUGGAUAACGCUGUGAUUGAAGCUCAGCGGGAGGAGCGCCGCCUUCUGGAAAAGGUCGAGAUGGACCACAGAGAGGCCCAGCGGCACCUCAGCCAAGUGAAGAGGGAGAACGCUGCAGCUGUGAGAGUUGUGCAGUCACUUGUUGAUCAGCAGCUUAGAACAAUUGGACAACUGAAGGAACAAAUACAAAGAUGGGGCAGUACCGCCGGUGGAUCCAACAAAAAUCAGCUCCAAAGAGGUGUGGCAGAGGUCACUCAACCGUGGGAAAUUUCUUUAACAAUGAAAAGGGUCAGUUUCUUACCGAGCGUCCACUCCAAGACCCUAAGCUUAGGGGAAGUUGAUGUCCGUGAGCAGAGUAUGACCUACCCCAUUGGCGUCUGCGGUGUCCAGGGACAGAAGUGUGCCUUGCACUCAGGAGAUCCAGCAUUUUCAAACAUCACCCCUCUUGAAAUACGAAAGGAGCCACAAACAAACAGAAGUGGGCCAAGGUGCAGUCCAGACGAGGGCAGCAAGACAAAAAGUGGGAACAUGCGAGUCGUCCGGAAACUACGACUGUCGAGCUCUACAGAGAACGAAGAGGAGCUCAGAUCGCCCAAGUCUCCCAUACCACCAAGACAUCGCACCAUAUCCGAGUCUUCCCAAGAUGAAGAAGUGGAGUCGGUGUGUUCAGACACGCAGGGCCAAGACCUUUUCCUCGCUAUCCCGCCUUUCUCCAGUCAGGGAGAAUCUGAAGGUGAUGACUCUGAUGGCAAACAAAUUGGAAAAAAGAGGCGCAACACACUGAAAGGUAAAAGGAAGUCCCUUGUCUUGGUGUCAUGUGAAGAACCAUCCUGCCCUCCCGACGAAACUGACAAAAAAGGCAGCGACGCAGCAAUGUCUUCAAAGACUAGACGCAAAGGUUCAUUCUCUAGGCGCAGUCUUGUAGAUCUCUCUCAACAAGGCCUUUCCAAGAAGAAAAACUCAAAUAAUUCCUCCAUGGACAGUGGAAGUCCUCCAUCGCCAGUGGACAGUGAGGAUUCCUGCUACGCUCACAGUGUGAAUACUCCAGUAAAUGGAUCCCUCAAACAAGAGCGCUCACUGUCCACUGCUGACCUCUCCGGCAAACUACGCCCUUUAAUCAGUGGUGAGCGGAGAGGAAUCAGAAAGGUCAACAGAAUGCGUCUUACCUCUGAACAUUUAGUCGUUGAGCAAAGCCAAGGAAAUGAACCUUACAGGAGCACCAUAAGCUCGGAAGAACAGCAGUCCAGAUCCCAGGUGAGCAGAUCUCUGUCCUUGUCAGCAAUCGAAGGCGAUAAUUUAAGGGAACAACAGCAGCAAUACAGCAAGGACAAGAAAGAGGAAGACGUGCCAGCUUUGCGGGAACUGGAGGAAGAGGGUGGUUCAGUUGCACUCGACUCAGCUCACCUGGUCAAACAGUUUGGAAAACAGGGAUCAGGCCGCACUGACUUCAACCUGCCAAGUGGCGUCCAUGCAACCGUGAGAGGGCAGAUAUUUGUAGUGGACUGCGGUAAUGCCCGAAUUCAAGUAACAGAUCUCCAGAAGAACGUCGUGCAGCAGGUGUCUCCUUCGGGAUCAGAAAGGUCUUCCCGCAUCUGCAACUACUUCGACGUGGCCGUGAACUCAAAGGGCCUCAUCGCUCUAACCUGCGCCGCUGAACGAGCCGUGUUGGUGUUCAGCCGUCAUGGACGCCUCCUGCAAACAUUUGGGGGUACAACACUUGGUUCCACCAAUGAAGAGCUGGAUGCUCCCAGAGGGGUUACCGUCACCCGUCAAGACGAAUUCCUGGUUGCAGACAUAAAGCGAGGCACCUUAACCGCCCUAAAGCUGGACCCCAAAACUGGAUCCAAGUUAGAGCGCACCGUGGUGACGGGGUACCACAGACCCUACUUGGUGGCAGCAUGUCUCACAACCGGGCUCAUGGCGGUAUCAGAACGAGGCAACGAAACCGGGCGCGUCCCUUGCAUUCGAGUCCUUGAGCCUGGCUGGAGCACUAUCCGAAUCCUAGGAGUGUGCUCCGGUCUGGGGCCCGUCCUGACCUGCCCCUGGGGUCUCUGCAUCGACAGCGAUGGGGACGUCUUGGUUACAGACUGGGGCAAACAGCACCACCGUGUCCACAUUUACCCAUCCAAGGGCGUCGGCUGGCCUCUGGUGACCGACAACCUGAACAGCCCCAGAGGUUUGGCUCUUCUUCCCGAUGGCCACGUGGUCGUGUCCGACAGCAUGAAUCAUUGCGUCAAGAUCUACCGCUACAAGUGACCUGCACACGAUGACAAAGGCAGAAGUAGAAUAUGGAUAGAUUUAAGACUAUUGAGAUUAUAGUGUGAGUUUAUUCGAAUAUAAGUUACAACCUCUACCUCUUACCUGAUUUAAUUUGAUAGGGAUCAUGUUUCAGAAUGAGAUAACGCUGAAAGAUUUGCUUAAUCAACUGUUUAGAUUAGUACCUUUUUUUCCCUCUAUGGAAAUUCAGUUCAAAAGUAGCAAGUAGAAGUAUGACAUAUUUUAAUUUGAUAGUGUAUUAUUCUACAAUAUGUAGUGAUCCAUUAAGAAUGUAUGUUCUAAAUCAUUUAACUGAUAGAUCAAGACAAAUAUGAGAUUCUUGGUGUGAUCAUUAGAUCAUAUAAUCAGUAGUAUGCAUUAAACAUUGA